AACUUUUUCUUCAAUCAAAUCCUCAUACUUCAGCACAGUUUCAUCGCUAACUUAUUAAUAUUUAUCAUUGCUCGUCUCUUUCCAACAGCCAUUGGAUUGAUCAGUGAAUUUUUUAUUUCUUGGGGAAUAAGAUUAACAGGGAUACUUUGAAUGGUCGCCGGAGAGAAACCGGCGAGCUCUCAGUCCGGUCGAGCUCUUUUCAGCCACCGAUACCAUUUACUUACAGAAGAAGCAAGAAAACAGAGAGAUCAAUUAAGCAAUCAAUGGAAAUAAGCAAACCUCACCUGUGUCUCCUUCUACUCAACUCUCUCGUCUUCGUCCUCCUUUCCGCCGCCGACGAUGCCCAACUAUCCCACGGAUACAACUGCUCCUCCGAUCGCUCCAUCUACCCUUGCAAAUCCUAUGCCUUCUACCUCGCCGGCGCCGAGUCCUCCCUCCUCGACCUCGCCUCCAUCGGCGAUCUAUUCGGCGUUAGCCGCCUCAUGAUUGCCCGCGCCACGAACAUCUCCUCCCCCACUGCAGCACUCAGCUACGGCCAAACGCUCCUCAUUCCCCUCCUCUGCUCCUGCAUCUCCAACCAUUCCUACUCCCCCGUCGAUUACCAGAUCCGGGCCGGCGACACCUACUACCUCGUCUCCACCUUCCAAUUCUCCAAUCUCACCUCCUACCCCGCCGUCGAGGACGCGAACCCCCUCCUCGUGCCCACCAAUCUAACCAUCGGGGUAAUGGUCACUUUUCCCAUAUUUUGCCAGUGCCCUAAAAACCGAUCGCAGUUCAUCAUAACCUACGUCCUCCAACCCUCCGACUCCUACGCAUCCAUCGCAUCCAGAUUCGGAUCUGAUGUUCAAACCCUAAUUGAUCUAAACGGCCGUGAAGGAUCCGUUCAACCGUACUCAACGAUUCUGAUCCCCGUCUCCCGAAUCCCCCCAUACUCCAUGAGUUCAUCAGCGCCGCCGCCGUCCCGAAAACGGCAUUUGAAUGGGGCGGUGGUGGGAUUGUCCAUAGCUUUGGGCGUGAUGGGAUUGUUUUGGGUGGUGCUGCUACUGCAAAUCAGCAGGUUGAAAAAGCGAUGCAGUUGGACGAGGAAAACCGAUAAGGAAUUGGGGGAGAAGAAGAUCGGAGGAUCGUCGGAGCAGAAGCCGAUAAUGGAUAUUUCUGAAUGGCUUGAUAGGUAUAAGCUGUACAAAAUCGAAGAGUUGAGGGAGGCUACUGCGGAUUUCGACAGCAAUUGCUUGAUUUGUGGAUCGGUUUACAGAGGUGAGAUCGGUAGAGAGGUUUAUGCUAUCAAGAAGAUGAAGUGGAAUGCUGCUGACGAGCUCAAGAUCUUGCAGAAGGUCAACCACACAAACCUAGUAAAACUAGAAGGCUUCUGCAUCGACCCUGAGCCCGGCAACUGCUGCCUCGUCUACGAAUACGUCUCAAACGGCUCCCUCCACUCCUGGCUCCACGGCCACUCCCGCCGCCCCCACAAGCUCGACUGGCGCAGCCGCCUCCGCAUCGCCCUCGACCUCGCCCACGGCCUCCAAUACAUCCACGAACACACCUUGCCCCGCGUCGUCCACAAAGACAUCAAGUCCAGCAACGUUCUUCUCGACUCCCGCCUCCGCGCCAAGAUCGCUAAUUUCGGCCUCGCGCGCAGCGGCCACAACGCCGUCACGACGCACAUCGUCGGCACGCAGGGCUACGUCUCGCCGGAGUAUAUAACCGACGGGAUCGUGUCGACGAAGAUGGAUGUGUUUGCGUACGGGGUGGUGAUGUUGGAGUUGUUGACGGGGAGGGAAGCGGUGACGGAGGAAGGGAGGAUGCUUUGGGUGGAGGCGGAGGGAUGGGGGAAAGGUGAGAAACUGGAGGAGUGGAUGGAUGAGGCGCUGGCGGUGGCGGAGGAGGAGUGUCCGGUGGAGAGUUUGGUGAUGGCUAUGAAGAUUGCGAAGGCUUGCUUGCAGAGGGAGCCGGGGAAGAGGCCGACGAUGGUUGAGGUGGUGUAUGCGUUGGCCAAGGCGGAUGAUAUGUCGGCGGAUUUUUCCGGUGAGGGGAUGAGUGUGGGGGCGAGUGGUAGAGUUGUUGCCAGGUGAAGUUUUGGUGGUUAAGGAGAAUAAUUGAAACGUAGCGCGACCCGUGCGGCAGGAAGGGAUGGUUGUGGAUUCACGGGUUAGUUAUAUUGGGUCAUGAAGGGGGCAAAUUAUUAGCUGCGGUAUCCGGAUAGAGAGAAUCAUCUGAAUCUUUUUUUUUUUUUGUCUAUAAUAAAAGCAUAGUCAAAAUGCAGCUGCUAUAGCAGAGAGAAAUCCGAAUGAUUAUCCGUGUCCAAUGUCCGAACCUAAUUAUUUGUCCAUGAAGGGAGUGCGCCACACAAGUUACAGUAGAUGUGGCUUAUGGGAAACGUCUUAGCGGCUAGAGUUAGAUUGGAAAUAAUCGAAUGUGUUUUUGUUUGGUUUAUUUGAAAUGUUUUAUAAUCUAGUCGAUAUAAUAGAUUUGUAAUAUUAUAUAUGAUGUCUAAGGUUUCGUUUGGGACAGUUUUAAA